AUGAAGCGCGGCACUGGGAUUCUUCUUAUUGCUGACGGCGCUGCUGCUGGGCUGGCGCCGAAAUUCGUUUCCUCAAAGCACAAGUGGCGGAAAAGAGGAGAACUUCGUGAUGGCUUGGUGGUCGAAGCAGCACAGUGCCUUGGUGGCAGUGGCGAUGGCUGCGGUACUGGGCGAAAAAAUUGGAACACUAACACAGAGGUGUUUUGCGCACCAGUAGAUGGGUUUUAUAGUGGCCUGCUGCGCCUGAAGCCAAGGUCGUGCUAG